AUGGGGCAAUUCAAGUUUUCACCCGAUUCACCAAGGAAUAUUUUGGUUGCUUUUGGCAGAUCACUUACUACUAGGUUGGAUCGAUGUCAACCUGUGGAGGCACCAUUUGUUACUAUUGGACAAAUUUCUCCUUUUGUUUUCUUCUUGUUCUUUGCCAUAACACCCAUUCCGGGACGAGUUGGAAGAAGAAUUCCUAAUUCUUACACGAAUGAGACUGAUCACACCUGA